AUGCUGGUUGUGGCAACUUCUGGGGCAGGGUUUGUUCUUGGAAGUGGUGGUGCAAUUGAUAUAGCUGGACUUUGCUUGACCUGUACUGGUACCAUGAUGGUUGCAGCAUCUGCAAACUCCUUGAAUCAGGUAUUUGAAAUAAAAAAUGAUGCCAAAAUGAAGAGAACGGCAAGAAGGCCGCUACCUUCUGGGCGAAUUAGCCUCCCUCAUGCCGCCAUAUGGGCAACUACUGUCGGAGUAACAGGCACAGCUUUAUUGGCAUGCAAGGAAAAUAUGCUGACAGCAGGGCUCGCAGCCUCGACUCUUGGUCUUUAUGCGUUUGUAUAUACUCCCUUAAAGCAAAUACACCCAGUGAAUACAUGGGUUGGAGCUGUUGUUGGUGCUAUUCCUCCACUCCUUGGGUGGACAGCAGCUGCAGGCCACGUCUCACUUGAGGCGAUGAUUCUUCCAGCUGCCUUAUACUUUUGGCAGUUGCCCCAUUUUAUGGCUCUCGCAUACUUGUGCCGCAAUGAUUAUGCCGCCGAGGGGUUUAAGAUGAUAUCUCUUGCUGAUCCUUCUGGAUGGAAAACAUCUUGGGUAUCUUUAAGGAAUUGCCUGUAUCUUGCUUUACUACUACUAAUCUUGCUUCUACGUAGUCUAUCACGAAGUUAUCCUUUUGGAGGUUGA